ACAGUUGGUUAUAUUGACAGCUCUAAUUCAGUCCAUUCUGUAGAUAAAAUUGUGUUUCCUUGGAGAAGGAGUUUUGCAUUGCAUGCAGUCUAGUUGAAAUAAAGAUUUUGAAACGUGGUAUUUAGACACGAUGGGAAAAUGUGAUUUAUUUCUUUGGGAGGUGAUGUUUGCACUUGGCAUGUGAGCAUGGGGGUGUCAGUCUCCUCUAGAAGCCCAUUAGAAUCACUCCCCAUAUUUGCCAUAACUAGGAAAGCUAGCAAGAGUGGGCAAACAUAAUUAGCAAUAAAUACAUUUCCCAUUAAAUUAAUUUGGUUAAUUACUAAAUAAAUAUGACAACUAAAUUUUUAUUUCUUUAAUUGGACUAUAAUAAAACAGGCUCACCAUUUAAAGGGCUUUAACUAAACAACACUUUACAUUUUAAAUAUUUGAAUAUGGACCUAUGAUCAAAAACUAUUUUUACUCUUAAUAAGAAAUUACAGCAGGAGCCGGCUCCAGCGGCUCACACCUGCAAGGUUUGAGCUCUGUAUACGGAGUUGGCAUGCUCUCCCCCUGCUAAUGACCCCCCAUGCUAUCCAGGGGGCACCCCAGCUUUCUGGCCUACGCUGCCUAAGAUAGGCUCGACCUUGACCACGAUAAGCGGCUUGCAAAGGGCUGGGAGGAAAAAAAACACGGGAAAACGCUAACCUGAAGCCAGAGUCAUUUAAAGGGGAAGGUUAAAAAAAAGUAUGCACGUCAGACUUUAGCGUAAUUCAUGAUGAAAGAAUUGUGAUUGAAAAUAUUUUUCUCCAAUCAUCGAUAAAACAUUAUUCCACGUGGCCAAUAAUAUUAAAACGGGGGAGGGACUUACAGGAGGUGCCCCGGCAGAAGACGGAAGUGAAGCCGAAGAAGGAUGUGAAGGUGAAAGCAUUUUGUUUACGUCCUUAUAUCCCCGUAUCAGCUGGACACAGAGCAAAGAUGGUUUUUGAAGUCUUGCAAGGGAGUUUCUUCCCUCUUUUCCCCUGGUGACCCAGCAGAGUGGAAGGCAGCGGUACGCCGUGGUCGCCAGGUGCCCCUGUAAACCGUCCAUCUCUGGCAGCAAUGGAGAUCAUUGUGGCCAAAGUGCUCUGUCUCCUGGGAGUGUUUGCUCUCAUGCUGGCUGGAAUCCUCAUCCCAGUGAGGGUCCUGCAAAUUGACUAUGAAAAAGCCCAGCGAUACAGGAAGAUUUUAGCUCUCUGCAAUUCUUUUGGUGGCGGUGUCUUCCUGGCGACCUGUUUCAAUGCCCUCCUGCCUGCAGUGAGGGAGAAGGUGCUCCUUGUCCUGAACGUGGUGCAGGUUCAGACAGACUACCCCCUGGCAGAGACCAUGAUGAUGCUUGGGUUUUUCUUAACAGUGUUUGUGGAGCAAACAGUGCUGACUUUCCGCAGAGAGAAGCCAUCUUUCAUUGACUUGGAGACAUUCAACGCAGGGGGUUCAGAGGCUGGCAGUGACUCUGAGUACGACGCACCAUUUAUUGCACCCCCCAGGGCCUCUGUUCGCGGUCCCCACCAGGACGGCCACCACCACGGACGCCUCAGCCCGUCAGAGAUAGCGCGGGCAGGUCCGCUGAGGCUCGCCAGCCUGGUGCUGGCCCUGUCUGCCCAUUCUGUUUUUGAGGGGCUGGCUCUGGGGCUGCAGGAGGAUGGGGUCCAGCUGGGAAGACUUUUUGUAGGGGUGGCUGUUCAUGAGACCUUGGCCGCUGUGGCUCUCGGCAUCAGUGUGGCUAAGGCGGGCCUGUCCAUGCGGGACGCUAGCAAGCUCGGGGUCACUGUCAGCCUCAUGAUCCCUCUGGGAAUAGGGCUGGGGAUGGGCAUCGAGAGCGCCCACAGCCUGGCCGGCGACAUCGCUUCUGUCGUGCUCCAAGGCUUGGCCGCUGGCACGUUCCUCUUUGUCACCUUCUUCGAAAUAUUGUCCCAUGAGCUUGAGGACAAGCAUGACCGUCUACUCAAGGUUCUCUUCCUCAUUUUGGGAUACGGUGUGCUUGCAGGCCUUGUCUUCAUAAAAUAGCGACCCCUGGUGGCGGGGAGGGGGUUAGCCUAAGUGAGGUGCUGAGGUACUCCGAUGAGGCUGUUAAUUAACCAGCAUUUCUGAAAUCUAAGACUGGUAGUAAUCUGAUAAAGGUCACCCCAGCAGCCUUCCCUGGAUCCUUUCACCAUUGUCUGUUAUUGUGGUUACCUGCCGACUUGGGCGAUUCAGUUCCAAAUUAAGGACCUGUCACUGUUUUAAUACCUGAUGUAGUUUACAAAGGGGCAGCUGGGCCUGAUGCUCACAUUUAUUUAUUAAAUGAUGCAGAAUUAUAAAUUCUUCUUCUGAAAUAUUUACAUGAGGUUUCUUAAAUAUUACCACAAGAGGUAUUUCAUUUAGUGUAACUACAUUUUGUAUACGUUAAAAUAAUUCAUUUCAGAGGGUGUAUUUAUUUUGUAAUGAAAUGUGUGUCUAAUCUGUCCCUUUUGUAUGAUGUCAGUUAGGUAAAUAUAAUUCAGUGUUUAGCAUAUCUGUGAUUUGGUUAAAAUAUAUCAUUUUAUGUUGGUUAAUUUAUUUCUGAAGUGAAUUUCUAAGACAAAAAACCAGGGAUUUUUGAUUAUAUGACUGAUUGAUGAUAUUCAGUGUGAUGAUCCAGUAUGUAUCGGUGAUUUAUCAUUUUGAUGCAGUUAGUUGAGGUUAUAUAAGGUUUUAUUUUGUAGAGGGAAUGCUGUUAUUUAAGGGUUUGAAGGGUUUGUCCAUGCCUGGAAAUAUUUUUGUCUCACAACAGAAGCUCACCUAUAGACCAAGUAGAUCUACAGGGGAAAAAUUAAGAUACAGGUUGAGUAGAUAGUUUAUUUUCAGUUUAUUUGGCUUUUUAUCAUGCCACUUUUAUGUGAGUUUUUCUUAAGAGCCAACAUACUUUGUAAUGUUGCUAGACGUCUCUGGGUGGUGAUUACUGUUCAUUACGCUCAGCAUAUGUAUGUCUCUUUGGCUGGUUUCUGUACACUUCUGUGCUUAAAUGGUGUUUCUUAGGAAAACCGGGAGUGUAUUUGUAUUUAUGGUAGUAAAGCAGACAAAACCCUAAAUAUGGUACCAUCAAGUAAAAUGUUGAUUUUAUAAAACAGAUUAGGAUGUGAAUGUGUAGUUCUGGUAAAUUUGUAUAGAAGUACAUGCAUUAUGGCUGGUUGGAAAACUUGUGCCAGUUUUAAAAUUGACAUCUUUAUGGGCUGAUGUCUGGCCAAAUUGUGAAAUGAGAUCUCAUUUCCUUUGAUUUUAUUAUGGACCUUAAUCGAAAUUUUUUACUGCAUGAGUAUCACACAAAAUGACACUAAUGAUACACCUGAUGAACAAGCUACAAGGAUCCAUGUUUCAAUGCUUUCUACACAGAUAGUUCUGUAGAAGGAAGUACUUCGUAGUAAUAAAGUCUGUGUUAAAUUAUGUAAAUAUUUGCUAUGACUGACACUGCUAAAAAGUCAAAUAGUUACAUAUCUCCAUAACAAAUGAAGUGUAAGUUUAAAGUGAUUAAAGGACCAUUAAGUGUGUCAAUUUCUUUA